AUGGCUGACAAUCAGGAUCAUAUCCAGCAGGAAAUUCCCCUCCCGAAUUUUCCAUACCCCUUAAUCUCGAGGAGAAUGAGUUUACCGAGACGUAAUACGGAAACGAACCAUUGGGAGCCACAUUCGAGAUUUGGUCCCAACAAUUUAAACAAACCACAUAGAAGAUUUUCCAGCGUCUUGAAGGCAUCUGAUCCUAUGCUUGGCCCUGACAGCCCUGGCAUAAGACCAUCUUCCUUGCGUGAAGAGAUUGGACGUGACGUUCAAUCAGGGGCUGGUCCGCCUACCCAAGAAAACGGCCGCCUAGAUGUUGGUCCUGAGAAUGAAUCAUUCAAUCGUUUGAAUUCUCCAUCCGUUGCAUCCACGAGCUUAGCGACUGUCGCUCCGAGUUCACGUGGAUCAAAUAGCUCGGGAGAGGGCGCCUCAACAGCCACAGAAAGGCCUUUCCUUGAUAGGGAGGCCGCAGGGAAAGCAACGGCUAGACGAAAGAGAUUUCCCACGAAACAACCUAACGCUCUUAACUUCCUGGAUUCCGACUCCCCCACUGUUACCGCAGAAAGUAUCCGCAGAUCAAUGGAAGAGGCAUCUCGUCGAUCGCCUACCUCAAUGCAGGGGCAAUCACCCUCGACUCAAAGUGCAUCCUCAGCAUCAAGUGUCUUUAGAGAUGAUGAUGCCUCGGAUACUGUCGGUGAAAAUGAAACCGAUAGGAGCACGAGUCCAGAGCAUAAUGCCGAGGGUGCUGAUGAGGAUCGUCCGCCGAUUGAUAUCGGGCCUCGAAUGGGGCCACCUCCAAAUAGGAGACGAAGCCAUGGGUUCCCGGAACUCUCACGGGAAAACUCCGAACACUCGCAUGGUUCACCUUCCGAUCAUACCCCACGCGAACCAAACCGAGGGCGCUCAAGGCAUGUCCCAAGGAACGAGAAAUUGCCUCUAUCAGGUUAUGAGUUACUUGCUUCGAAAUUAGCCACCCCGCCAGAUCCCGUCGGUCCAAAUCUUCGACCUAUAUACCGCAGAUUUGAGAUGUUGAAUCAUAGGAUGUUAUUGUAUCUUCAAGAUGAACUUUGCGAAUUGGAAGAGCAGCUCCAUCGACUUGACGCGGCAGAUACGCAAAACCGACGUUUGCCGAAUUGUAUCUUUCCUGCCUCGCGAAGGGCAGAAUUCAUGGCUGGUGGUGAGCUCCAUUGGCGUAAAUCCGAAACACUCGGUAAAAUUGGAUUUAAAUUGGACCAAUAUAGUAAGCGAAUCCCUCCCUACCCUCACGCAUUUCCGUCGGCACGAUACCUUGCUUAUGUAUAUAAUUCGCCAGACCGCAUUUUAUCAUCAUUUAGGGAAACGCAGAGGAUACCGGCUCCAACAAUGGAUGACAUACGCGAAUAUCGUCAUUACCUUAUAACCCACAACCCUAUAGCUGAGGCUGAGACCCAUUUUCUUGACCCCACAGAUGACUUAGUCUGUAUCAGUGAUGAAGAACAAAUAGUGGUGGACGAAGACCCAAUGCAUACGCCAAUACCUCCACCUCCCGAGUUCGCAAUGUCUGAACCUCGAGGCAGAUCGCCUAUUAAAUCUCGGCCUGUCUCACCUUUCCGACAAGAAGAAAGCAUUGCCGAGACUGUCGAAACUACAUACGAAGACACACCAGUUGUCCCUCUAUCCGUAGCUGUCACGGUGGCUGUCAUCCUCCCGAUCCUAACGUUCUUGAUCAUACCAGGUUACUUAGGCAGGUUGACGGUGGUGUUCCUGGUAGGGCUCAGUAUUCUGGGAGGCCUGAUCCAAGGAGGGAUAGUCGCAGUCCGUACUUGGGAACUUCUUAUAUGUGUCGGCCUUUACGGAGCUGUAAUGGCCGUUAUCGCGGGAAUUGUUUGA